CCUUCUGAGUCUGGACCCCUGUCACCACGUCGGCCUCGUUUUAAAGAUUUACCGGCUCAGUUUGCGCCCAUAUUGACACCAGACCUGCAGUCUGAUGUUUCAUAUUCAGCAAACCAGCAUUCACAACGUCAGAAUGAUGAGCUUAAAUCAUGGCCUGGUUAUGGGAGAUCGAAAACGGAGAAACAAUUGGUUAUGGCGACUGCAGAAUCCUUCUCAUCUGCAGAAACUUCCUUGGGUUCGUCUGUAAGCGAAAGCGAAAUGUCUAAUGUACGGACUGGAAUCGUUCGAAGGCGUCAACGCCAGAUAGCUGAACAUAUUGCUUCUAUGCGUCUCGAUAAUAUAGUCUAG